AGCGCAGGCCUGCGGAUCUCUUAGGGCUGCGCUCGGCCCCAACUUGCCUGUCGAAGGCGGCUUUCCCCACCUUUCUCCCUUCGCUGCCUCGCCUCCCCCCGCCCCGGAAGGCGAGCGGAGGAGAACCGAAGUGGAGGAGAAAGUGCAGCCCGCCGGCGAAGGCCAGACUCCGGUAAUUGUGGGUGCGCGGAGAGCGGCUGGUGAGAGGCGGGCGCCGGCUCUUCCUGCUCCUCCUCGCCCCGAGGAGCGCCGAGGGAAACUUGCCUGCGCGCAGCCCGAAGGAAGCCGCCACCGGGACCAGCAGCGACAGCAGUGGCACGGCCUCUUGGAGCCCCUUUGUGACAGGCAGUGGGACUCUCACCUGGCCUCUUCUGGUAGUCCCUCCUGGGAUUUAACACCACCAGACAUGACCAACUGGGAUGGUGAUGUCAAUCCAUUACAUCUGGGACCUCCCACAGAAGCACAUGGAAUUAAAUAUGCUAUGAAAGUAUAGUAAAGAUACGAUGGCCUGUCUUACAAUUACAGAGAUGGAAGGGACGACAUCAUCCGCUGUUCACCAGAAUGGUGGCAUCCUUGGGAAUUCAGACAACAGACUGAGAGAGCCGCUGCUUCGGAUUUAUCUUUAUCAUUCCCCAGGGAAGGUGGAAGGCGAUUAUCUACUAUUUCCAGCUGGAGAAUAUGUUGCAGAAGAGAUCUGUAUGGCUGCCUGUAAGGCUUGUGGUAUAUUGCCAGUGUACCAUAACAUGUUUGCAUUAAUGAACCAGAAAGAUAGAUGCUGGUAUCCUCCAAACCACACCUUCCAAAUAGAUGGCUCCGCCAAUGACACCAUACUGUACCGAAUAAGGUUUUAUUUCCCUCACUGGUAUUCUAACGGCAGUUCGCGAGCAUACCGGUAUGGUGUUUUUCGGGGUGCAGAGAGUCCCGUUCUUGAUGAUGUUGUCAUGUCUUAUUUAUUUGCCCAGUGGCGAGAAGACUUUGUCCAUGGAUGGAUAAAGAUGUCUGUUAGCCAUGAAACGCAAGAAGAGUGUCUCGGCAUGGCUGUUCUAGAUAUGAUGAGAAUGGCCAAAGAGAAGGACCAAACUCCACUGGAUAUCUACAAUUCUGUCAGCUACAAAAUGUUUUUGCCCAAAUGCAUCAGAGAAAAAAUCCAAGACUACCACAUUCUCACACGAAAAAGAAUAAGGUACAGAUUUCGCAAAUUUAUUCAGCAGUUCAGCCAGUGCAAAGCAACCGCCAGAAAUCUGAAACUGAAGUAUCUUAUAAAUUUGGAAACUCUCCAGUCUGCCUUCUAUUCAGAAGUGUUUGAAGUAAAGGAACCUGGCAGAGAACUUUCAGAAGAAGAGAGCUUUGCAACCAUUAUAAUAUCCGGAAAUGGAGGAAUUCAGUUGUCUAGAGGGAAACAUAAAGACAGUGAAACACUGGCAGAACAGGACCUACAGACCUACUGUGAUUUUCCUGAUAUCAUUGAUGUCAGUAUUAAGCAAGCGAGCCAGGAAGGUUCCAGUGAGAGCAGAAUUGUAACCAUUCACAAACAAGACUGCAAGAAUCUGGAAGCAGAAUUUCAUUCAUUAAGAGAAGCUCUUUCUUUUGUAUCAUUGAUUGAUGGCUAUUAUAGACUAACUGCAGACGCCCAUCAUUACCUCUGUAAAGAAGUAGCACCUCCUUCAGUGCUUGUAAAUAUCCAGAGCAAUUGCCAUGGGCCAAUUUCUAUGGAUUUCGCAAUCAAUAAACUGAAGAAAGCCGGCAGUCAAACUGGGUAUUAUGUUCUUCGUUGCAGUCCAAAAGAGUUUAAGAAAUACUUUCUGACCUUUGCUGUGCAGCGGGACAGCAUCACUGAUUACAAGCAUUGCUUAAUAACCAAAAGUGAAAGUGGAGAAUAUAAUCUCACUGGUACUAGAAGAAGCUUUACGAACCUCCCGGAUUUAUUGAAUUGUUACCGAACAGAAACUGUGCGGUCAGACAGCAUAAUUUUCCAGUUUACCAGAUGCUGCCCGCCAAAGCCAAAAGAUAAAUCCAACCUCCUUAUAUUCAGAAGCAACGGAGUGUCUGAUAUACCGAUGUCACCCACUAUGCAGAGACACAAUAACAUCAACCAGAUGGUCUUUCACAAAAUCUCGAAUGAAGACUUGAUAUUUAAUGAAAGCCUUGGGCAGGGUACAUUCACUAAGAUAUUCAAAGGUAUAAGGAAAGAAGAGGGAGAUUAUGGGAAGGUGUAUGAAACGGAAGUCCUCCUGAAAGUUCUGGAUAAAGUUCACAGGAAUUACUCUGAGUCUUUCUUUGAGGCAGCAAGCAUGAUGAGUCAGCUUUCUUACAAGCAUUUGGUAUUAAAUUAUGGAGUUUGUGUCUAUGGAGAGGAAAAUAUUCUGGUACAGGAGUUUGUAAAGUUUGGAUCAUUGGAUACUUAUUUGAAGAAAAACAAAAAUUCUAUAAACAUCCUGUGGAAACUGGAAGUUGCCAAGCAGCUAGCAAUGGCCAUGCACUUUCUGGAAGAUAAAGAUCUUGUUCAUGGGAACGUAUGUGCAAAAAAUAUUUUGCUUAUCAGAGAAGAAGACAGGAAAACAGGAAACCUUCCUUUUAUCAAGCUUAGCGAUCCUGGUAUCAGCAUGAUAGUGCUGCCAAAAGACAUUCUUCUUGAGAGAAUACCCUGGGUUCCACCUGAAUGCAUUGAAAACCCCAAGCAGCUGAGUCUGGCAACAGAUAAGUGGAGUUUUGGGACCACUUUGUGGGAAAUCUGCAGUGGGGGAGACAAGCCUCUUAGUGCACUGGAUUCUCAGCGAAAACUACAAUUUUAUGAAGAUAGGCACCAGCUUCCUGCUCCAAAUUGGACAGAACUGGCCAAUCUGAUAAACAAUUGUAUGGAUUAUGAGCCAGACUUCAGGCCUUCAUUCAGAGCAAUUAUACGUGAUCUUAACAGUUUGUUCACUCCAGAUUAUGAACUAUUGACAGAAAAUGACAUGUUACCAAAUAUGCGAACUGGUGCACUUGGAUUUUCUGGAGCUUUUGAAGGCAGGGACCCAACUCAUUUUGAAGAGAGACACCUCAAGUUCUUACAGCAGCUUGGCAAGGGUAACUUUGGGAGUGUGGAGAUGUGCCGAUAUGACCCACUGCAGGACAAUACAGGGGAGGUGGUGGCUGUUAAAAAGCUGCAGCACAGCACAGAAGAACAUCUUCGUGACUUUGAAAGAGAAAUUGAAAUUCUCAAAUCCCUGCAACAUGACAACAUUGUCAAGUACAAAGGAGUCUGUUACAGUGCUGGUCGGAGAAACCUGAAGCUGAUAAUGGAAUAUUUGCCCUAUGGAAGUUUACGUGACUACAUCCAAAAACAUAAAGACAGACUGGAUCAUAAGAAACUCCUGCAGUAUGCCUCACAGAUAUGCAAGGGUAUGGAGUAUCUGGGCACAAAAAGAUAUGUUCACAGAGAUCUCGCAACACGGAACAUCUUGGUGGAGAACGAGAACAGAGUUAAAAUUGGAGACUUCGGCUUGACCAAAGUUUUGCCACAGGACAAAGAGUACUAUAAAGUAAAAGAGCCAGGCGAGAGCCCUAUAUUUUGGUAUGCUCCAGAAUCGCUGACAGACAACAAGUUUUCUGUGGCUUCAGAUAUGUGGAGCUUUGGUGUGGUUCUGUAUGAACUCUUCACAUACAUAGACAAGAAUAAAAGUCCUCCAGCGGAGUUCAUGCGUAUGAUUGGCAAUGAUAAGCAAAACCAGAUGAUCGUGUACCAUUUGAUAGAGCUUUUGAAAAAUAAUGGACGGUUACCGAGACCAGACGGGUGCCCUGAUGAGGUUUAUGCCAUUAUGACAGAAUGCUGGAAUAACAAUGUAAGCCAGCGACCAUCCUUCCGGGACCUUUCUCUGCGAGUGGAUCUCAUAAGGGAGAGCAUGGGCGGAUGAGACUUCUGGAAUUCAUGAAGAGGGACACACUGGCAUACAGAACAAAGGUGUUCUGGGCUCUUUGGGUGGUUGCAGGUUAUUGGCUUCCCGUGCACUCACAUAUGCAUUCAUCUUGUCUGAGGACAGAGACUGUAGGGAAAUCAUCGCAUCUGAACUUGCAAAUGACGUGGAACAAUUCUGCUUAGUUUCUUCACUAAGAAUACUACAAUGAUGCACCAAUGAAAAAGCACUUUUGCUGUCUGAAAAGCAAAAUAUAUUUUCAGUCUGCAAUCACCAUGGUUUGCCUUGUAGGAUCAUAGCACAGUUGCCCCCCCUUCCCCAAGUCAAGCAGAGAAGCUAAUAGAAGGAUGAGAAACUUGAAUGGAGAGACCUAAGAUUUGUCUAUAUGAUAACUGUGUUUGGGCCACUGCUGAGUUGAAUAUGACGUAAUCAGCAGCAGACCUGUCAUACUUCGGUAUGUUGGAAACAUCUUGGGUCCAGUUUGGCGGUGCUGCUAGUAGUUUCCAAACUAAGUUGCACCAUUUUUAAGAAGGGCAAAUAUUUGCACUUAAAACAACAUGCAGAACUGUAUGGAAAUCCAGAAAUCCAGAUACACCCUGUACCACUCAUGGUUGCUGUUCAUGAACUCUCUUGCUUUCCCCAUCUUUGUCCAUUCUGCCUGCCAUAAAAGAUGAUUGUGUACCAGACAAGGCUGUUUUCAUCCAGUUGACAGAUAACAUUGUUGGUUUUGCAUAACUGUACAUUUCUUUGGAUCAUUUGUGGCUAUGCAAUUAUCUAGAGAUUGAAAGGUAUUUUUUAAGAAAAUCGAAGCGAGUGGCAGAAAUGCACAAUCUCUACUAAUCUGUGGUGAAAGAAGAAAGCAGCCCUGACUAAGCAUGAAGCUGGCCUAUGGGGUCAUGGAAGAGACUAGUGCUGGUGCCAACAAGAGGAACUGCUUCAGCUUGGCAGCCAUUCAGAGUAGAAUAUCAGAUGCAAACUGCAUAGUAGGUGCAUUCUCUGCAAACCGACAGCAUAAAAAAAGAAAGAAAACCCAGAAGUAGUCGUAAAUCUUUUCUUCACUGAACAAAGGCUUGGCAUUCUUAUCAUGCACUGCACAAGGGCUUGUGUUUUAUGAAAGGGGAUAUAUUGUUUAUAUGAUGUCAAGGUGUAAUGACUUCACAGUAGAACAAGUCAGAUUUGGGGGGUGGGGUGGGGAUAGUUUAUUGAGGAAUUUUCUAUGUGCCUGUCUGAGCCAACCACUGGCCAGCAAUAUAAACAGAGAUGUAUGUUAAGGUGAAGUAAUGUACUGUAUAUAUUUUGAAGGAAAGGGAUCAAAUUAUAUUUUUUUCAAAACAACCAACUGCUGAAAAUUGCUUUUUUAAAUGAUCAAGUAUGUAGCUGUCUAUUUUCCUACGUGUUUUGUGGAUGUGUUGUGUUUUUUCUCUCUCUCUGUCUCCUAAAGGUACAAGAAUUUACAAGCUUAUCAUAGCAGCUUCAUAUUUUUCAAACGCUAAAGCUCAUUAUCCUUGCCAACCCUACCACAUGCUUCAAUUUUCCUUUUUACCCUCUGUUUCUGCAGGGUAAGCUAUUGAGUUAGAAAUAGAAAGCCUUUUUCUGAUGUAACUAAGAACAAAAAGGGCCCAAGAGAGUACCUUUAGGUUGUUGAAUAAUUUGGCUAUUUGUAAUCCUGCUGGCUUAAUUCUACACAGAGUAAUUUGUGAAAUAAAUGGAAGAUCAGUUCCUCCAACCCUGGGAUCUGUGAUGCAGAUAAACUUUUUUUCAAGGUAAGGUGGAGAGUAGCAAGCAUUGGCCACUCGACUCUGGCUAGAAGUUGCAAAGCUGUCCCUAGAGUUCAGUGGAAAUGGACCGUGUUGGACAGUUUGCUUCAUUGUAAUGCUUGCCUACCAGGGCGUGCUUUAGAGAAAUAGUGCAUUUAUAUUCAAGUGCGGUGCUUGCUUCUUGAAAGAAAUUCAGAGGUAAGGUUGGUGAAACAGGAUGGCUGCUCUCAAACAGGUGUGAAACGUUCUAGACAUUUUAGAGUUUAGAAUGAAACUUCAAUGGCACUUUGCCAUGCAUCCUCUAGUUUCUGUACGCACCUCCAACAGAGAGAUGUGUAGUGAUGCAAACUGUAUAGGAUGAAAAAGUACUUCAAAAAGUUGCAAAUACUUGUCUGAUGAACAUCAGCAUUAGACUGUGCCACUGUGGACUCCAGUGUAUGCAUUUGAACUGGCCUAGUGGCUUCAAUGCAUAUGUCAUGUUCUACCCUUAUGGGAAUUUCCUUACAAGCAGUGGUAUGCUGCACCUGAAUCUCUUUGUAAGAGGAAAUGGGAAAGUCCUGGCUGAAAGAGAUCACACAGUCUGUCUUGCGUGCUUAUUCAGGCAACACCUUUGUGGAUGUUUUAAGAGUAAGGAGUUAGGCCAAGCAACUGGGUGGGGAAGGGGGCAGAACCCAGUGUCAAAAUUGUAAGUAGUUGUAUUUUAUAACAGUAUGUUAUGUGCUAACUGCUGAAUUUUUUUUCAGAUAGCAUUUUAAGAGGCAAGGAGAUCAAUAUAAGGUAUCAGGAUAAACAAAUGCAGCAGUAUGACACUAAUGGAAAUGCAUCUUCUGUCUGAUCAAGGAUUUUUUGUGUUCUAUGUAAAGAAAAAAAAAGCUCAGGGAAGUUUGUGUAAUGCAAUGUAGAGAUCUUCCAUAGUACUGUUUUUUUUUCUAAGUAAAUAAAAGUCCUUGCUUGUUCUGGUGAAGUAGGUCUAAUUUUCCUAAAUUGAGUGCCAACCUGCAAGAGGAUAGGCUCCUGAAACUCUGUCUUUUAGAGACCCCCCUACCUUUAUUUCUUCUUCUGUUUUUCAGAAAAUUGUGCUUUAUGUGUUGCAAUUAGAUAUUUUCUUCCAGCAAGGACACUAAGUAGCUCACAGUUUAAAUGGAAAUUUGAGCUCCAGUUGGGAAGGGGAUAGAUUUUACAACAUUCAAUGGAAGAAAGAUACUUCUGAUUUCCUUAUUUAAGCCCCCAGUACUGAUGUGAAGUAGACGCACAGUCUACAGAUACCUGUAAUUGCACAGUCCCUUCAACUCAAUGAAGAAGAGUUAAGUUCAAGGGCAGCUGCUUCAGACUUUUUAAGAACCUGAUCAAAGUAUUCAUGGGCUCUUUGGAAUCUGUAAAGGAAUUGACAAUUAGCCUCAUGCAUGUAAGUAUUUCUGCAUGGUCAUGGAGACGUCCCUAAAUUUUACUUCCAGUUGCAGCCCCAGUAUUGGAUGCUACCCUGGGUCAUUUUCCUAACCUCAAGGGGAAGCUUUUGGGGGCCACAAAAUGCUGCAGUAUUGGGGAGGGGGGGUCACAAGUCCUUGUGUACUUGCAGAAGCUUUUACCUGUCCUUUUUGAAUCUUAAUUUAGACUGUGAUUUCAGGUUCCUUAAUUGAAUCACUCUUAGUACAAAUGCAGUGCCAAUGCCAGUUGUAAUAUUUUGAAAUCAGUACACUUUAGAAAUAUGCUGUAUUUGUGACAUUAAGUCUGUAUAUAUUACAUAAUGUUAUGCAAUCUAUGUAUUAACAUAAGUAGUUAAUUGUUUUCCCACAGUUGCCAUAUGACCAUUUUUUGUUUAUCAAGAUACCAAAAAUUGCUAUGAUUAGCUGUGGAAGAAAUGCUACACGUUCAGUAUUGCUGCUAUGAAGUGAAAAUUAAAUUUAAAGCAUUUUUUAAAAUGAAACCAAUUUUGAUAUAAAUAAAGAUAUUGUAAAAACUUGGGGAAACUGUUGAUUUGAUUUACAGCUACAAGUACUGGUCUCUGUUUAUUAAAUAUCAGAAUGCUAAAUUUCAAAAUUACUUGCUUUGUUCUUGAGAGUUUCAUCAGUCACAAAAUUAGCAAAAGAAAGCAAGAUAAUAUAAAAUUGGGGCCUAAACAAAAUAAAAGUGGAAAACUGUCUCGCUCUUGACUUUGUAAAGAAACACUUCCACAGUUCUUGGGCACUUGUUACUGUAUAUUGCUGUACCAACGUAUCUCAAGAGUAUUAAAUAUUUUCAAAAAUC